AUGGCUAUAUCGGUUUCCACCUUUGGUCCAAUCCGGGAGCUUUUGAUAAGGGAUUCAAACGCCUGUGCUCGAUCUUCAUCAUUGCGGUAUUCUCGUUUUCGGGGGACCGAGCUUGUUGGACUGGCAGCGGCUGAGACACAAAACCCACGUCAAACUUUACCCAAGGCUGUCCGACAAGUGUUCUGGCGAAUUACUCUAUUCGACACUGUGGCCCUACUGAUUGUCGGCAUUCUGAUCCCAGAUAACGAACCUCAACUUCUCAACGGCUCUUCUAGCUGUGAUGCUAAUGCGUCUCCGUUUGUGAUCGUGGUGCGCGAUGCUAGGAUGUCAGCGGUUCCUUCGAUCACAAAUGUUGUGAUCCUUAUCUCGGUCCUAUCGGUCAGAAACACUUCAACCUAUGCUCUCUAG